GCUCAAUAAACGGCGCUAGUGUCCGUCAAGUGUCAGCCGUUCACGUCGGCCGACAGUGUUGCGAAACUGGAAUCGGUGAUUUAAUUAGGAAUAACGUAUCUCUUUUUUUUUUAGUAAAAUUGUGAAACUUUAAGCAAUAAUGACCGACAAGAAAGCUUAUCCGGUUGCGCCGCAUCCACCGACCGGCUUUGUCCCCGCGCCUACGCAACCUCCAACUUACGGUGUUGCAGGCGCCGCUCCUUAUGGAGUGUUUCCCAAUCAACCUCAGUUAUACGCGACGCAAGGCCCACCGCCUCCGACAUAUGAUCAGACCCUUACGCAUCCUAUGAUGUAUCAACCAAUGUACGGUCAGGGAUAUCCGUUGCAAUAUUAUCCACCGGGAUAUCCGUUGCAAUACUAUCCACCGUUGGCGACAACAGCGUACUAUCCUGCGACAGCUAUGCAGCCCGCCCCCGUAAGACCCACCAUUAUGGUACCCAACGGUUUCGAUGGUACUCGAUUCGACGGCAUCUCACAGCCGGUUCUGCCGCCGCCGCCGCCCGGGGUGGCCGCUAACGCCGCGCAGCUAGCCGCGAUGGCCGGCCAUAGCGUCGCCCUUUCGCAAAAGAAGGGCUCGUUCCUGGGAGGAGGAACAGAGGGCGGUUAUACCUUUUGGUAAACCACCCGAACCAUCUCUUUCGUAACAUACAUGCACGCAAACACACAUAAACACUCACACACACAACAUUAACUGUCAGAGAUGCUGUGUUCUCGAGACGAUAAGAUCAUGUAGGCAAAUUUUCGUUAGAGCUCUGCUUUUCUCAUCGCUGCUCCAUGGCAGCUUUAUCAACAUCUAUCGGUAUAUACCUUAUGCGCGGACCGAUCACACAUACAUAUUAUUACAUAUAUACGCGCAUACACACGUACACGCACACAGACACACAGACACAGACACACACACACACACGCUCACGGAGAGUACACACGCAUAUAUAUGUGUAAGGCAGCAACCGUGAGAGUUCCCACGCGAUUCACAUACGGCGAUAUUUGCGAUCGAUAAGAUGCGAUCCAAUGAUCUCAAGGAUGCCGCCGACGUCUUGGUGAUCGAUCUGCGCAUCUCAUAUACUAUCGAACUGCAGAGACUUCGUCCCGGAAGACUCGAACACGACGAUAUUCGUCGAAAACACCCUCGGAAACUAAUCCCUAAAGCUCAUCGUUCUGCCGAGAGGUCGGAAUAGUGAGAGUGUUGCGCGAGUUUCGAAGGAUCCGAAGAUCCUCCAGGAAAAAAAAAAUCUAUGAGAGAGCGCUCGGAAUCCGAGAUACCGAGAAUCUAUGAUUGUCGAGGAUUCGACAAGACGUCCACUAGCGGACGAUGGAUCCGAGAUAACGGGAAUUCAGAACUCCUGCGAUCGUCGCAAUUUUUCUGGAAUUUGAUGUGUCUGAUGAUGAGCUUGAUUAAUGUGGAUGUUCGGAUUUUGAAAAAGCUGAAGAAUAAAUGAAUCUCCAGUCGCAAAAAUCUCAAGUUCCAAAAAUGCGAAGAAAUUUAAAAAUUGAAAUGUCUCGAAAAAAAAAAUAACAAAUUUGAAAAUGUAUUGAUUUCGCGAGUAAGAAUAGCCAAAUUGCCACGAUCCAAGGUUUUAGAAUAUUAAAAAAAAAAAAAAAAGAAAAAAGAAAAAAAGAAAGCUCUAGUUAAAUUCAACACAUUCGCGCCUGUAUUCGACUUAACUCCUACAACAGCACCUAAUGCUGGGCGUAAAUGUGUUAAAGAAAUGAAGCAGUGACUAAUCUACGAUCUCAACUUUCCCAGGAUUCAAGGUAUCUAGAAUCUAGCUUCAAUGGCUUCUAUUACUUAAUAUUUCCAAAUUUCCGAAAAUUUUUCAGUUUUGCCGAUUGAACUUUUCUUUUUUAAAUCUAAUGAAGUAUUUCUCAUGCGAUAAACUGCUAUAAGGAAUUAUAAGUUAAAACUCAUAUUUUUGAAAACUGUAAAUCUGGAAGUUCAUAUUGUCGGAGAACCUUAAAGGCUUGAAGCAAUCAAUGUACAUUUUCGACGAAAAGUAAUUAUUGCGAAAAUUUUACUUUACAAAAAAAAAAAAAAAUAAA